GUAGCAAGAAAGCUCAAGACGGGGCGUGAAAAAGGCGCGACGCGAAUAGCGCUAUAAAAGACAGAGAAUGGCCUUCACUCUCUGCAGCAGAGUCUCGGCUCCACUGCUAUCCUCCUCUGCCCUACGACGUCGUUUGCCCCUUGUUGGCGCGUUCUGCGUACUGAGCUUCGGAAUUUCCCAUAUCUUCAUCUCCAGAACGGGUUCCGCUCUGUCUCUGCCUUUUGCCCCUCUCUUGAGAUCGAAGUUUGGUGGUCAAGGACCAGCUAGGAACGUACAUUUUGUAAGAAUGGAAGCGACUAGCGCCGCGGUGCCUAGCAUUGUUGUUUAUGUCACCGUCCCGAAUAGGGAAGCAGGUAAGAAAUUGGCUGAAAGCAUUGUCAAAGAAAAGCUUGCUGCUUGUGUUAACAUAGUACCUGGUAUAGAAUCUGUCUACCAGUGGAAGGGAGAGAUCCAGACAGACCCUGAAGAACUUCUGAUUAUUAAGACCAGGCAAUCACUUCUGGGAUCCCUGACAGAUCAUGUUAAGGCAAAUCACCCUUACGAGGUGCCUGAAGUUAUUGCUUUGCGUAUAACUGGUGGCAGCCUCGAGUACCUAGAUUGGAUCAAAAGCAGCACGAAGGACUGACUUUCUCCUCAAUAAGAAGUAUAACAAGUUUAUUCGAGUAUAUCAAGUAUUGUCCGUUGAAUUUGGUAUCUGAGCCCCCCUCCCCAUCCUCAUGUGCAAGUGUCUCAAUAAACUGGUUUGCCAUCUUAUGAAUUGGAAUACAUGUUUGUCUUGUAAAUUGUAAAUAAGAAUCAAAAUGAAAUUUCCAGAU